UGACCUUUCGCUUCCGUUCACGUCCGGGUGCUAUGGAUUCACGUUGUAGGGUUUGUGCCGUAAUAAUGACCUGUUGACGGGUACGUGAGAGACGUACGAGGUGAAGGACUGCCACUGUUGCUAUCACGUUACGCUGACGAGACACGUCCUGGACACCGGAGCUCUUUUGGAGGAUUAGAAGCCUGUAAGCAUGGCAGGCAGCCGCCUGGAGAAGCUGGGCACCGUAUUUACAAGGAUACGAGAUCUUAUGCGAGCUGGAGUUAUCAAGGAAGCCGACAGACCUGUCUGGUAUGACGUUUAUGCUGCUUUUCCACCUAAAAAGGAACCAGUCUAUCAAAAACCCAUGGGGAGAUUUCGAAAGGUGGAGGACAAUGUUCAGGAAAUAUUCUACAAGGAAGAUGUUAUUCGGGCGAAAUUUUUUGAAAUUUAUGGGAAUGGACCUCGUGCUUUUGAUCUCACUAAGGCUAACUUUGUGUCCACAAGUCAAAGGUUUAUAGAAAAAUAUCAGGAACUUGAAAAAGCAUCAAAUCUUAGUGAAGAAGCACUUUUGGAAGAGACUGGAAAAGCACUCCUUGCUGAAGGCCUAAUCCUGAGAAGAAGGACCGGUGGCUUUGGGAUGGCAGUACAGACUUCAGAUAGCUCACUUUCCACAGACACUGAAAACCAAAGACCUGUACUUGAAAUGAAACUUAAAGACAUGUUGGAAGAGCGGCAAAAUGUAAUGUCUUCUCUUCCACAGUCUUCAGAGAAAGAGAAUAUCCCUUCUCAGAGUACACCAUCUGCUUGAAGGAAGGGAUUUCUACUAGGAGCGAAUGGGAAUUUCUCUGUGAUGUUAAAUUUCUACACUGCUUUUGAGGUGAAAGCUCAGCUGUGUAAAGAGGCUCUGGCGUCCUGUAUACCUGUGAAGAACAAAAGUGGACUCCAGUGGUGUUUUCUAUUAAGGACAUUGUUCCUUGUGAGCUUACAAACAAUAACGUGGAAUAAAGACCGAAAAUCUUAA